AUGAGCUCCUCCCUCUUUUGUUUUUAUGCCUUAUUUGCCUUCCUCUGCAAAGCUUCCUUCUCCCUUCCCGGAAAUGUUUCUGAUCACACAGCAUUGCUUUCAUUCAAAGCCAACAUCAUCGGAGAUUCUCUUCAGUCGUGGAAUGAGUCUACUCAUUUCUGUAAUUGGGUUGGAAUAAGUUGUGGUCGCAAACACCAACGAGUUGUAGCAAUCCAUUUGAACUCGAGCAACCUUCAAGGCUCUUUGUCCCCUGCAAUUGGGAACUUGAGUUUUCUUAGAGAUCUGUGGCUUGACAACAACACUCUAGCAGGUAUAAUUCCUAAAGAGAUGGGUAGACUUACAAGAUUAAGAGUGUUGAUUCUCCAAAGUAAUGUAUUUUCAGGUGAAAUUCCAAAAAACCUUUCACAUUGUGUUAGUCUAACAAAUUUUUAUUUGGGAGACAAUAAUCUAAGGGGUACAUUUCCUUUGGAGUUUCGAUCACUGUCCAAACUUAAGUACCUUUCGGUUGACACAAACCACUUGAUGGGAGAGAUACCUGCUUACAUAGGCAAUUUUUCAUCACUUAAGAUGCUUUCUUUUGCUGAAAAUAAUUUCAAGGGAAAAAUUCCUACUUCUUUUGGAUGCCUGCAGAAAGUUUAUUAUAUUGCUUUAUCCAUCAACUACCUGACUUCUACCAUCCCCAUAUCCAUUUUCAAUCUGUCAUCAUUGGUAAGUUUUGAUGUACAACAAAAUAAACUUGAAGGAUAUCUUCCUUCAAAUUUAGGCUCUACCCUUCCAAAUCUAGAGCAUUUUCAUAUUGGUUAUAAUCUUUUAAGAGGGCGACUUCCUAUCUCAAUGUCAAAUGCCACAGCACUAGACUAUUUUGAUGUUCGUCAAAAUGAUUUUUAUGGAGGGGUACCGUCAUUUAGUGGACUUAAAACACUAAAAUUUCUUUCACUUUUUGACAAUCCGCUUGGUAAUAGAAAAUCCACUGAUUUGGAUUUCAUGUCAUCUCUUCUCAAUAGUACUGCUACACUAGUGGUCCUGCUUCUUGAUAACUGCAAUUUUGGAGGGGUUUUGCCCAGAUUCAUAGCAAACUUUUCGCGUCUUGAGGAUUUUUACAUUGCAGAAAAUGUCAUUAGUGGUACUAUUCCCAGUGAAAUUCAUCUUCUUGUUAACUUACAACUCCUAUACUUAUCAAAAAACCAGCUAGGCGGUACUAUUCCAAGCUCAUGGGGAAGCCUUCAACAAUUCAUUGGUUUAUACCUUGAUGGAAACAAAUUGUUUGGUGAGAUUCCAAUUUCAUUGGGAAAUCUGUCCUUUCUUAAUAGGCUUUACCUAUCAUUCAAUGAGUUGCAAGGUCCUCUUCCUGUAGAGAUUGGUGGGUUCAAAAAUUUGGUGACACUAAAACUCUCAAACAACAUGUUCUUAAGCACACUUCCAAGUGAGAUACCUAGUGAAGGGAUUUUUAAAAACAAGACUGAAGUUGAGCUUGGUGGUAACUCCAACCUCUGCGGAGGUAUUCCGCAAUUUGGGUUGCCAACAUGCCCAAGAGAAGGGGGAACAAAGCAUCUGUCCCAUAUUCAAAAGCUGGCUAUUUUUAUUUCAAGUGGGACUUUGAUUCUACUGAUAAUUGUGGCUCUCCUUGUGGUCAUUUACAAGCAGAAGAACAAGCAGUCGUUAACUACUGUUUACAAAGGCAUUCUUGAUGGUAGUUUGGGAAUAGUUGCAAUUAAAGUCUUCAAGCUUCAAGUGAGAGGAUCAUCCAAGAGCUUUUUGGCAGAAUGUGAAGCAUUGAGGCAAAUUAGGCACCGAAACUUGGUAAAAGUUUUAACCACUUGUUGUAGCAUCGACCAUGAGGGUAAUGACUUCUUCGCCAUUGUUUAUGAGUAUAUGAUCAAUGGUAGUCUGGACAAUUGGUUGCACAAUCAGUCAAGGGACAUCGGAGGGAAUAAUGAUUCAAAGAGUUUGAACUUGUUACAGAGGGUAAAUAUCGCAAUUGAUGUGGCAAAUGCACUUGAUUAUCUUCAUAAUCAAUUGGAGACAGGUUUAGUACAUUGUGAUUUGAAGCCAAGCAAUAUUUUGUUGGACGGAGACUUAGUUGCUCACGUGGCUGAUUUUGGAUUAGCAAAGUUUCUUCCCACAGAAGUUACACUUGCAUCUUCAUCUAACCAAGAGAAUUCAUCUAUAGGAAUUAAAGGGACUAUUGGAUAUGCAGCUCCAGAGUAUGGGAUGGGAAGUGAUUUGUCAACAUCUGGUGAUAUGUAUAGCUAUGGAAUCCUUUUGCUAGAGAUAUUUACCAGUAAAAGUCCUACUAGUGAUAUCUUCAAUAAUGGCUUAACUCUUCAUAACUAUGUUAGAAUGAGCAUUCCUGAGCAAGUCAUUGAGAUUGUGGAUCCAAAGCUAUUCCACAAAGAAGCUAAUGCAACACCUAGAAGCCUUGUACUUCAGAACCAGAUAAUAGAAUGCCUUGUAUCAAUUUUUAAGAUUGGAAUAGCUUGUUCCAUGGAGUUACCCAGAGACAGAAUGAGCAUUGGCAAUGCCGUCAAGGAGUUACAUUCAAUCAAAGACACCCUUGCAGAACUUGGAGACAUUAGGACCAUUCCUCGAGCAAGAUGUAUGAAGUAAUUAAGGUAGCAGCGGAGUUUGCAACGUCAACAAUCCAAUAAGCAGAUCGAAGACUGAGAUCAUACAAGGAAGCAAUUUAUGAGGAUUGUACUUGAUUGAGAAUUUGAUUUGAUUUUAUUUCGUUUGUGAUGUUGGUUAAUUUUGAUGUUUUGAAGAUUUUGCUACUUUCCCUUUUGAAGUUAAUUAGUUUGCAAGUCCAUUGCAACUUCUUUUUCCUGCA